GACCAAAGGCGGGUCCUUACGGACCCCUGCUUCCCCAAAAGGAUGGCCCAUUUCUCAGGCGAGGACGAGGUGAUGCUGCAGGCGAUGCUGAGGCAGUUGUUCCAGAGCGUGAAGGAGAAGAUCACAGGUGCUCCCUCUCUGGAGUGCGCCGAGGAAAUCCUCUUACAUCUGGAGGAAACUGAUGAAAAUUUUCACAACUAUGAAUUUGUGAAAUAUCUUCGGCAGCAUAUAUGUAACACUUUGGGGUCUAUGAUUGAAGAAGAAAUGGAAAAAUGGACAUCUGAUCAGAAUCAGGAUGAGGAAUCUGGCUAUGACACAGUUGUACAGCAUGUUACUAAAAGGACUCAGGAAUCUAAAGAAUACAAAGAAAUGAUGCAUUCCCUGAAGAAUAUCAUGAUGGUAGUGGUGGAAUCUAUGAUUAACAAGUUUGAAGAAGAUGAGAUGCGAAGUCAAGAGAGGCAGAAAAAAAUCCAGAAGGAGAAAAGCAACAGUUACUGCACAGAUAAUUGCUCUGAUAGUGAUUCAUCAUUCAAUCAGAGUUACAAAUUUUGUCAAGGAAAAUUACAAUUGAUUUUAGACCAGUUGGAUCCUGGGCAACCUAAAGAGGUGAGAUAUGAAGCCUUGCAAACGUUAUGUUCAGCUCCGCCGUCUGAUGUUUUGAACUGUGAAAAUUGGACGACUCUCUGUGAAAAACUGACAGUGUCUCUUUCAGAUCCUGAUCCUGUGUUUAGUGACCGGAUUUUAAAAUUCUAUGCACAGACGUUUACUCUUUCACCAUUACAUAUGACCAAGGAGAUUUAUACAAGCUUAGCUAAAUAUUUGAAGUUAUACUUUCUUUCUAGAGAAAAUUAUAUUCCUACUCUUUCAGCUGGUAUAGAUAUAAGUAAUCCUAAUGUGAUCUGCUUACUUAAAAAGGUUCGUCUUCUAAAUGAAUAUCAGAAAGAGGCUCCAUCUUUCUGGAUUCGUCACCCAGAAAAGUAUAUGGAAGAAAUUGUGGAGAAUACUUUGUCCUUAUUAUCAGUUAAACAUGAUCAGAGCCAUCUUGUCUCACAAAAGAUUUUGGAUCCAAUUUACUUUUUUGCAUUGGUUGAUACCAAGGCUGUGUGGUUCAAAAAGUGGAUGCAUGCAUAUUAUAGCAGAACUGCAGUACUAAGACUUCUAGAAAAGAAAUAUAAAUCUCUGAUAACUACAGCAGUUCAGCAGUGUGUUCAGUACUUUGAGUUGUGUGAAGCCAUGAAAGCCGAUGAGAUUUUGGGUCAUUCAAAGCAUUGUGGGAACAAACAGAAAACCUUCUACUACUCAGGACAAGAAUUACAAUAUAUUUAUUUCAUUCACUCACUGUGCCUUUUAGGAAGGUUAUUGAUCUAUACACAAGGCAGACGGCUAUUUCCCAUAAAGCUGAAGAAUAGAAAAGAUUUAGUAUCCCUUACAGAUCUUCUGGUUCUGUUUACCCAACUUAUCUAUUACUCACCGAGUUGUCCAAAGAUGACAUCAGCUGCACAUUUAGAUAAUUACUCUCCUGCAAGUAUGGUGACUGAAGUUCUUCGGAUACUCUGUGAUCAAAAAGAAUGUGCAAUCGAAUGCUUAUAUAAUAACACUGUGAUUGAGGCACUUCUUCAGCCUAUUCAUAAUUUAAUGAAAGGAGCUAAGACUGCUCCAAAUUGCUCUGACACAGCUUUAAUUCACAUAGCUGAUAUUUUGGCAAGAAUUGCAUCUGUAGAAGAAGGACUUACCUUACUACUUUAUGGAGAAAAUAUGAACUCUUCUGAAGAAAAAAGUCCUACAGGUGCUCAUACCAUUGCCCAGUUUUCGAAAAAACUUCUUGAUGAAGAUAUUUCUAUUUUUUCUGGAUCGGAAAUGUUGCCCGUGGUUAAAGGAGCUUUUAUUUCUGUGUGUCGUCAAAUAUAUGGUACAUGUGAAGGCUUACAGGUGUUAAUUCCUUAUAGUUUGCAUGAGUCUAUAGCAAAGGCGUGGAAGAAGACAAGUUUGCUAUCAGAAAGAAUUCCUACUCCAGUAAAGGGUUCGGAUUCUGUUUCUUCAGUAAGCCAGGAAUCCCAAAACAUUAUGGCUUGGGAAGAGAAUUUGUUAGAUGAUUUACUAAAUUUUGCUGCCACUCCCAAAGGACUACUGUUUCUUCAAAGAACAGGUGCCAUCAACGAAUGUGUGAUGUUUAUGUUCAAUCGAUAUGCAAAAAAAUUACAGAUCAGCAGGCAUAAAAAGUUUGGCUGUGGAGUUUUGGUAGCACAAGUGGCGUCAACAGCAGCAGGUGCAAUAGCACUACAAAGUUCAGGGUUUAUUAAUGCACUUAUAACUGAAUUAUGGGCCAAUCUGGAAUGUGGAAGAGAUGACGUUAGAGUAACCCACCCCAGAUCUACUCCAGUGGAUCCUAUUGACCGGAGCUGUCAAAAGUCUUUUCUAGCACUGGUGAACUUGUUACCGUAUCCUGCUGUUUAUGAGCUGGUAGGCAAUCAAGAUCUUCCUAAUAAAGCAGAGUAUUCUCUUCGUGAAGUCCCAACGUGUGUUAUUGAUAUUAUAGAUAGACUUACAAUUUUGAAUUCAGAAGCUAAGAUUCGUUCUUUAUUCAACUAUGAACAAUCACACAUCUUUGGUCUAAGGUUAUUAAGUGUGGUAUGCUGUGAUCUAGACACUCUUCUCCUACUAGAGGCUCAGUAUCAAGUAUCUGAAACGUUGCUAAAUGCUCAAGAAGAAAAUAUCUUAGAGACCUCUGAAAGCCACAGGGAUUUCAUAAUCGAUGGCUUAUCGGUAGAGAGAAAUCAUGUUCUUGUUAGAAUAAAUUUUAUUGGUGGUCCCAUGGAACGUAUUUUGCCCCCAAGGGUAUUGGAGAAGGGUGAUGAUCCAUAUCCUUGGCCAAUGUUUUCAUCAUAUCCUUUACCUAACUGCUAUCUUUCAGAAGUUACAAGAAAUGCUGAUCUAAAACAAGACAGUGAUCUUGGCAAACUUCUAUUACGCUUCAAAAUGUCUGAUAAACAAACUGAGUGGAUAGAAAACUGCCGAAGACAAUUUUGUAAAAUGAUGAAGGCCAAACCUGAUAUACUCAGUGGAAGUGCUUUACUAGAAUUGCUUGAAAAAUUUGUGCUUCAUCUCUCCGAAAGCCCAUCUGAAUGCUACUUCCCCUCAGUGGAAUAUACAGCUACUGAUGCAAAUGUGAAGAACGAAAGUCUUUCAUCUGUGCAGCAGCUUGGCAUUAAAAUGACUGUCAGAUAUGGCAAGUUUCUCAACCUGUUAAAAGACAGUGCAGAAAAUGAUCUUACCUUGGUUUUAAAGCACUGUGAGAGAUUCCUGAAACAGCAGCAAGCUCCUGUAAAAUCUUCUCUUCUCUGCCUGCAGGGGACUUAUGCUGGCCAUGACUGGUUUGUAUCUUCUUUGUUCAUGAUAAUGUUGGGGGACAAAGAGAAAACACUCAGAUUUCUUCAGCAGUUCUCGAGGCUUCUGACUUCUGCUUUCCUUUGGUUGCCAAGACUACAUGUUUCUAGGUACCUAGCUACUGACACUAUAGAAUCUGGCAUCCAUCCAGUAUAUUUUUGCAGCACUCACUACAUUGAAAUGCUCCUGAAGGUGGAGGUGCCCCUUGUGUUUUCAGCUUUUCACAUGUCUGGUUUUGCACCAUCCCAGAUUUGCCUACAGUGGAUAACUCAGUGUUUUUGGAAUUAUUUAGACUGGAUAGAAAUCUGCCAUUAUAUUGCUACUUGUGUUUUCCUUGGUCCUGAUUAUCAAGUGUAUCUCUGUAUAGCUAUAUUCAAACAUCUGCAGCAAGACAUUCUGCAGCACACUCAGACUCAAGAUCUGCAGGUUUUCCUAAAAGAAGAAGCACUGCAUGGUUUUCGAGUGAGUGAUUACCUUGAAUACAUGGAGAUUUUGGAACAAAACUACCGACCAGUGGUGCUGAGAGACAUGCGGAACAUUAGAGUGCAGAGCACAUAGAUGGUGGAGUGCACAGUUAAAUGUCGUGUUUUAUUUAUUUGUAAAGGAAACAGAGGGACUUGUUUGUUUUCUGUGUCUAUAACAACAUAUGCUUUGUGAAUCAAUACUGGGACUUUUUCAAUAUAAUAAUAUAUAUUCAAGUAGGAAUUAUCUCAAUUUGUGACAUGAAGUAAAUUCAUUUUUGUUAAGUUCAUUGUUCUGUGAGGUUGUUUUAGAAUCAGAUCUAAUUUACUUAUACUUCUUUAUGUUUAAGAGCUAGUCCCAACCGACAUCUCUUUCUUCACCAGAAGAUUAAAGUAUUAUUUUUCCAAAUGAGUUUUGA